AUGUCCCAGUCAUCCACCGCUGAUGAGGGUACAACCUUUGAACACUUGUGGAGUACCCUUGAGCCUGACAGCACAUAUUUUGAGCUUCCUCAGGCAGGACACUCAGGGGACAGGGUGGCAUCUAGCAGCCUGCCCAGCAACCGUGAAGUCUGCAUGGACGUCUACCACAUGAGAGACAUGAAUGACAAUGUCAUGUCUCAGUACAGCCUACUGAGCAGCACUAUGGAACAGGGUUUGGGGAACCGAGCGGCUUCUACUAGUCCUUACAGCUCAGAGACCACCUCCAAUGUGCCAACACCAUCACCCUACUCCCAGCCAAACUCGACCUUCGAGGCCAUGUCUCCAGCCCCAGCCAUCCCAUCCAACACAGACUACCCUGGGCCGCACAACUUCGAGGUGACAUUCCAGCAGUCUAGCACAGCUAAGUCAGCCACCUGGACGUACUCUCCAUUGCUCAAGAAGCUGUACUGUCAGAUCGCCAAGACCUGUCCGAUUCAGAUCAAACUGGCUUCAUCGCCUCCAAACGGCAGUGUCAUUCGAGCCAUGCCCAUCUAUAAGAAGGCCGAACACGUUACAGAAGUGGUCAAGCGUUGCCCUAACCAUGAACUCGGACGGGACUUCAAUGAAAGUCAGACAGCUCCUGCCAGUCACUUGACACGAGUGGAGGGCAAUAAUUUGUGUCAGUAUGUGGAUGACCCCAUGACAGGUCGACAGAGUGUUCUAGUUCCGUAUGAGUCUCCACAGGUGGGGACUGAUUUUACAACCAUUCUGUAUAAUUUCAUGUGCAACAGCAGUUGUGUUGGUGGAAUGAACCGCAGACCUAUCCUCAUCAUCAUCACACUAGAGACACGGGACGGACAUGUUCUGGGUAGGCGUUCGUUUGAGGGACGGAUUUGUGCGUGUCCGGGCCGAGACCGAAAAGCAGAUGAGGAUCAUUUCAGAGAGCAACAGGCUUUAAAUGACAGUGUGGCCAAAAAUGGAAAUGCCAAUAAACGAAAUUUCAAACAGACUCCAGCCAAUAUCGCAGGCCCUUCAAUCAACAUCAAGAAGAGGCGACAUGGAGAAGAGGAGAUGUAUUACAUACCAGUGCGUGGUCGGGAAAAUUUUGACAUCCUGAUGAAGAUAAAGGACAGUUUGGAACUUCUGGAGUUUGUACCGCAACAGUUAGUGGACUCGUACAGACAACAGCAACAGCAGCUCCUACAGAGACAGAGUCAUGUUGCUUCUCCGUCACACUACGGCUCACACAAUAACAUGAAUAAGAUGCACGUGCCCAUGAGCAAACUUCCAUCAGUGAACCAGCUGGUAACACAGCAGACUCAGCAGAGCGCAGGGCCCUCUGGUGCCAUGACACAUAUGGGGACGAACAUGAUGGGCGGGCACCUCAUGCAGUCUAAUGGUGACGUGAAUGGAGCUCACCCAUCACAGUCUAUAGUGUCCACCUCUCACUGUACCCCUCCCCCACCUUACAACCCUGACCCCAGCCUCGUCAGUUUCUUAACCAGCCUGGGCUGCCAAACUUGUAUCGACUACUUCACGUCCCAGGGACUCCAGAGUGUCUACCACCUUCAGACCCUCUCUAUGGAGGAUCUUGGUGCCCUGAAGAUCCCUGAGCAGUUCCGGUUGGCGAUCUGGAGGGGCCUGCAGGACAUGAAACAGGGCCACGAUUACGGCCAGCAGCUCAUUCGCUCCAGCAGUAACAUGGCCACAAUGGCCCUUGGCCACGGAGGAGAGCUGCAGCGACAGCGCGUCAUGGAGGCCGUGCACUUCCGAGUACGUCACACCAUUACCAUCCCAAACCGCGGAGGGUCUACGGGAGGAGAGGAGUGGGCUGACUUUGGUUUUGAUAUGCCAGACUGCAGGAUACACAAGCAGUCCAUUAAGGAAGAAUUUGCAGAAAGUGACCUUCACUGAAAAGAAAAGAGAAUUCCCUGUGAUGUCUUAAGUUUGUCAUGCAUUUCUAUAUCAUCCGUAUGGAUUUCUAUUGGCUUUUAAAACACUUGUGUGUGUGUGUGUGUGUGUGUGUGUGUGUGUGUGUGUGUGUGUGUGUGUGUGUGUGUGUGUGUGUGUGUGAUCUCCGUAGAAGCACUUCCAUAUUUGGGGACAAGCUUAUCUGAAAAGUAAAAGUAGGCUAAAUGAAUCCUGCAAAACAACUUCCACAUAAUCCUUUUGGAAUGAGUAGUGCCUCAUUGUGCUGCUGAUCACUAAGGGUUUAAAUCAUUUUUAUAAUCAUUUGUGGCCUUAUGUUAAUAUGUUAAUUCAUUAGCAAUAAAUUAUAUUUCUAGGAUUUAGGGACAUCGUAUUGUAGUUAUAAAUGGUUAGGACCAGUGAAUGAUUAAAGAACAUUUCCUUAUUUAUUUUUGGCUUGGUGCACAUAAUAAUAGUGCAGUCAAACUUUAUAUUUACAAAUUUGAUAAACAAAUGUUUUUUGAUGUGGAUGACUGAAUCAAUAGGCUUUCUUGUAUUGUGUAGUCAUAAUUUGCAUAUGUCAUCAGUGUCAUACAAUACUGAUCAUCUGAAAGUGUUUCAUCAAAGAUGUGAUUCACAAUGACUAUGAGGAAGACACAGUACCAGAAAAGCACAAUAAUAAUAAUUGAAAGAGAAAUGUAAAUCCUUCUUGCUUGCUUUAUUAUUGUUAUUCUUUUUUUUUUUAAUGUGGCACAAUUUAUUUGUAAUUCUUUACUGUUUUUUAAUUGGUGCUUUACAUUGGAACAUUGUUUUGUUUUUUGUAUUAACUAGUAUGUUGUUGAGAGACAGUGAGGCAAGUCGUUUUAAAUGCCUUUAUAAUCAGACUUUUAAAGUUCCCCAGUUUUGUGGUAUUAGCCUUGCAGGACAAGGUUUUGUUUAUCAUGCUAUACCAUUAUAAUGUCUAUAUUUUGCCUUUUUCUUCUUUAGCAUAUGGGAAACACUGUCUUUUUUUUUUUUUGUCUUGUGAUUUUUAUAAUUGCAAAAUGUUGUUUAAUUUUUAAAAAGCCAAGGUAUUAACAUGUUUUUACAAAGACAUAAGAACAUUAUUUUACUUGCUUUCUUUCAGGGCCAAUGCUUUACUAUAACGUCACGUCCCUAACCCCAACUCAGAAAACAAAGGAACACAAAUAGCUGACUCACCCAGUUAUUAUGAGAUGAAUCCAUCAAAACUCAUUUUCCUGAGUGUUUUGUUUAGGUGAGAAACAAUGGUAAUUUUUACAAUGUCAUAAAUUCUUUUUAUAAAGCUGAACUUAAGGUCAUCCUCAGUGUUGAACAUUAAUAAUAUGGUGGAUUGUGUAAUCAAAGGUACAUUUGCUAUAUAACAAGCAAAUGCAUUUGUAAAUAUCUAGUGUUAACCUUCCAAUACCUAGCUGUUCAUAAGAUAACAACACCACACUUUUCUAAUUGGAUGCGUUUAAAAGGGUUCUGGGUGAAAAAUUUCUGUUUUUUACACUUGGCAGUUAUGGUUAAAUAUCAGCGUAUACUGUAAAUCAAAGCACUUUAUGGCUUUAGGAUAUUGUAAACAAUGUUAUAUUCACAGUCAGUCAGUAUUAUGUCAUGAAAUGUCAUUUUGGCAACUACAGAUUUUAGAAAUGUUUUAAGAGUAUAAUAUCUUGUAUUUUCUUUA